AUGGAAGCUCCAGUUAUUGUCGCAACGUUUCCACCUGUAGAACUUCUUCAACAACCUCCACCAACUGAAUCUGCGAUGUUGAUCUCACUGACGGUUGGAAAAGUCGAUGCAGGCGUCGCCGUCUUGCUGACGAAUGAUAAACGACUCGUACGUUGCGUUGUACCCCGGAAGAUUCAAGAUUCCCUUCAUACCCAACAAUUUCCGGCGACCCUCUGACCAAGCUAAUGACAACCCAUUCAGAUUGAGUUCCCCUCUAUUCUCCUUCCACCAAACAUCUCCUCUGGGAGCAUUGUCGAUAUUACCGUCUCGAGAAACUUUACUUCUGAACAAAAAUCCCAAUCCGCCUUCCUCGCGCUUCAAGACUCCAUAUUCUCGUCAUUUGGGGAUUCAGAGCCCCUUCCACCAGUCCUUCGCUGCAAGAAUGCCACUCAAACCUCCGUAGUCCUCGAAUGGGAUCCUAUCGAACUCGCCACAGCCGAUUGCAUUUCGCUUUCUCUAUUCCGUAAUGGGCAGAAGGCAGGGAACAUCCCGCGCCCGACCAGUAUGCACACCACCAAGAUCAGUGGUUUGGCGGUUGAUACGGAAUACUCCUUCCAUUUGGUUUUGAGAACGAGUGCUGGAACAUUCAGCAGUGAGAAGUUGGUAGUCAAGACACAUAAGAUGACGGACUUGAGCGGAAUCACCAUCACGCCUGGAAUUCUGCAUGCCCAAAUCAGAGACAGUCUCACCACUGCAGUUGAGAGAAUAGGAGCAAAGCUGGCAGAUUCAGUACGAAUUGACACAACACACUUUGUGACCACUGAAGGACGAGGAAUAGCAUGGGAGAAGGCCGUGGAGAUGAACAUCCCAGUUGUGCGGCCAGAAUGGGUAGAAGGAUGUGAAAGAAAUGGUCGAAUCGUGGGUGUAAGAGAAUAUUACCUAGAUGCCGACCCAAGCAAGCGCCAGAUCCCACCUCUUCGCGAAGCAUCACCACCAAAGGAACCCUCGGUCAGUCCGCCCGCGGACCGAAGAACGAACGGAACGAAUGGAAGCUCUCAAGGCAUACCACCUACACCACCAGCAAAGGACACACCUAAACCAGACGAUGAAGUAAGCAGCGAAGAGGAGGCCGACGAGGAGAAAUCCAACGUACAAGAUGAGCAGAAAGUCCGGGUCGAAGAUCGCGAACAACAUAAAGUCGCCCUUCGUCCGAAUGAGUUGUCGCCACCGAAACCCGAGGAGAGGGAGAGGGAGAGACAGGGAUCUGAUUCAUCGCCCGCUUCUGGUAGUAGGACGCCUGGACAGUCCAGUUUCCAAGAUAUCGCUCUUUAGUUUUCUGUUGUCCUCGGCCAUUUUGCGCCCUGUUCCCAUAUACCUAAGAUGUUUUUUUCUUUCUUCUGCUUUUGCGCUGGUGG